AUGUCAGCGGUAGCAGCAGCGACCAGCCCAGCGGUGAGGGCUCGCUGCACCACACAGAGACCGCAGCGGCGCGCAGCCAUCUGCAGAGUGCAGCACUAUGUCCGCAGCGCACUGGUAGUGCGCGCCUCGCAGCAGCAGGAGGUAGUAGGUACCGGCGGCGACGCCGGCGGCGCGGCGGCCAGGGGCCCUGCCGCAGGCGAUGCCGCCGCCGCCAAGUACCUGUCCCUGCUGCCGCCCUUCUUCUCCCGCCCCACCCAGCUGGAGGAGAAGUUUGGGGCGGGCCUGUGGGGCCUGGCACAGCCCUUCAAUCUCUUGGGGAUCGACAUACGGCUGCGCAUGACGGCGGCGCGCCUCCCUGACGGCUCCUUGCUGCUGAUCAGCCCCGUGGCGCCCACAGCCGAGCUGCUGGGCCACGUGGCCGCCCUGGGAGGCGCCGUGAGGCACAUCAUCGUGCCCAGCUCGUCGCCAGAGCACUGGAUGUUUGCCCCGGCGCUGUCCAAGGCGUUCCCCGAGGCCUCCGUGUGGGUUCCUCCUGGCUUCCUGGAGGGCAGGGGCCUCCCCAUUCCUUUCUUCCAGCAGAUCAUCGGCAGCAUGCGGUCAUGCUGCAGGGUGCUGGGCAUGGACCUGCUGCCCCCAGAGCUGCAGGGGCAGGUGGAGAGCGAGCUGCUGGCGGCGCCUUUCUUCCUGGAGCUGGCCGUGGUACUGCCGCAGUACAGGGUGCUGCUGCUGUCGGACACGGGCUUCUGUAUGUCGGCGGAGGAGUAUGGCGGCAUCAGCCCGGCAAACAUCAGCGCUGCACGCGGCGUGGGGGUGUGGGACCGGCUGGGGCCCAUCACCAAGCAGGUGUUUGAAGGCUCCCCCAAGGAGGGGCGGGCCUGGGUAGAGGCGGUGCUUGCGAGGGAGGACUGGGAUACCGUGAUCCCGGGCCACGCCACGGCGCCCAUCCUGGAUGGAAAGCGCGCAUUCAAGGACUGCUAUGACUUCCUGUACUAG